AUGGUUGCCGACUUCAUUUCUGCGGAUUACAGCUGGAUGACAUCCCCCGACAGCAAACAAUGCACACACAUAUUAUUCAAAGCCGGCAAGAAUUUCCAGGGAUAUUUUUCGAAUGAAGAUGUUCUCCGCCAUGCAUGUCAAGCAAUGGAUCUUCUUGAAAAUUGGUAUCCCACUGAAACUCAUGUCCUUGUCUUCAACAACGCACCCACUUACCUCAAACAAGCAGACAACGCUCUUUCUGCCCGCAAGAUGUCAAAAUACCCAACAAAACCUGGGAGACCAUUUGUUGGUGUUCAGAGGAAUGUUGUUGACAAAAGCGGGCAACCGGUCUACAGAACAAAUGGUAAGGUCAUGAAGGAGAAAGUACAAAUGGCAGAUGCUUGGCUUGCAGACGGCUCACCACAGUCACUGUACUUCCCGCCAGGAGAUCCACAGGAAGGCGCCUUUUGA